AUGUAUGAAGACGGACUGCAUCCCGAGACUCUGAUGGAGUCUUCUGUUCACCGUUUGGGCAUUCCAUCCGUGGCGGACUCGACUCAACUUGCUCGCUGGCCGUCCCUGGCAGGCUUGGCUGACCUCAUGGUUCUGCGAGGGUCCAGUCGCUCCAGCCGCUUCAUUGCUGCUGAGUGGAUCUCUUGUUGGAUGGAAAGCGUGGAGCAGGUGCCCAUAAUGAGGCGAAACUGGGUUGACAGCAUUGUGUACGAACAGCUUGCUUCUCGCCUGAGCAGCCUGUCAGCUCAACCAACAACUCCUCAAGAGAUGGUGUACGUUGGCAAUAAACCCUCCCAGCGCUUGCCGUGCGCGCCGAAGAUCUCCCUGCUGUUGCUCUCUUUGAGGCCUCGCGCCCACAAGUAUGUCGUCCUCGGCAAACAGGAUCUGCACAGGCAUGGGCAUUGCCUCGGAGUUGUAAAGCUGCAUGGCUUUGGCAUGGCGUGCCUGAAUGGUGAGUACACGGAGCAACCCAGUAUGUUCAAGUGCUAUGACCGUCCAACAUACUGGUCCGACUCAAGGUGCACAUUCUUGUAUUACCACGCACCCUCCAAAAGCUGGACUCUUGCUCCGUGGGAUGCAUGGGCAGAUGUGAAGAUCUUUGGGGAUGGUUUGCUCUUUGCACACAGCGCGGCCCAUGUCGGAAUCAAGGAUUCUUUCCAGGAGUGGUACGAGUUCGAUAAAACACUGAAGACGCUCCGCCGGGUCGCUGCCAAGCAUUGCACUAGAGAGGUUGAGGUGGAGUCGAGGUCUCAAAACCUGCUCUCCACCCUGCCGAGGGCUGCAGAGGUGCUAAAAACGAUGGAGCACCGCCAAGCAUCGAAACCCACACACAUUGACGUGACUAAGCUCUUGGGUGUGUGUCAGAUAUUGCAAGACAUGCCGACCGAUGGUGGGUGGCUUGCCAAGCAGAUGGAGAACACAUGGGCCUUGCGCGGCUUGGACCUGCAGUUUGCACUAGUGUGCAGGGACGCGCUAUCAAGGACCCUGCAUUUGCAGAGGCAGAGGGCAAGAGAAGAAGAACUGAGCAGAACUGCUGCUGAGGAGUUGAUCGCUGAAGAGGAAAGGCUGCAAAAGGCAAGAUCGAAAAGAGGAAAGACUCCACAGCGGCAGUCUCAUCUCUUCGGAUGCCCAUCGAGCUUUCCUGAGCCUCCAAGGGAAGAAGAUCUGGCUUUGGAAGACGGGAUCGGCACAAGCCGUUGUAGGUCGGACAGUUUGCUUGAACGCUGGUGGUGUGGCUCAGGUGUUGAAGACAUCUCUGAACUUGUGUGCAAGCUACGCCACAACUUUCCAAUGUAUGACGACGACAUCAUUGGCGACCACUUGCUUCAAGCGGGCAACGACUUAGAGCGAGCGGUGCUUUCCCUCUCGGCUCUUGGUGCAGAGCCCACGUCCUCCAUUGUCCCUGCAGACAUCCCCUGCAACCGACCGGAACGCCUGAGAUCAGGGCGGCCCAAGAAAAUCAUCGCGAACGUCCUGGCACGGACGGAUCAUUCUCGCUCUCCCUUGUUUUGUUUCAUCUUGCUGGCCACAGUUUCUGAAUCUGAGAAAUACAAGGCCGGGUGCAUCGUGCGACCCAUUCCGGAGGACAGGUUCCGAUUACUUGGCGACGAGAAGGGGCACUUCUGGAAGAGGAUGCCACAGGCCCUGCCAGAAGUGGGGCAUGUGGUGGAAAUCCUCUUUUUCGAGGAGGACACGGUCGAUUAUCUUCAGGCCGCCCAUGGGAAUUAUCCACAUCAAAACGAAGACUUGUUGUGCACCUCCCUCGUGCUCAGAAAGCGGUGCAGUCUGCACAAGAAUGUCUCGGUCAGAGAGGCACUGACUGGCCUCGCCGUGGACCAUGUGGAGGAGCGGUGGCCCUGGGGGAGAGGCCUUGGAAAGUUCGAAUCUGUGCAGCCCGGCAAGUACAUCUGGUACGUCCCGGCCCGGAAGAAGCGUUUACCAUCAGUGCUGAUCUUGCGGCAGCAUCGCCCCGGAGAGGUGUUUUUCAAGUAUCGGAAUGACUCGAGUGACAAGAUCAGCGUCGACUUUCCCGCGGGCCGCCGUCGCCGCUUGUCAGAUGUGGCUGUGACUGCGGCGGGAUUCUGCAGCAGCCCCUCUGAGCUCAAUGCCAAGUUUCAGCAGAAAAUGACAAGCGUCGAAUUCCUCUUCGUCUUGGGCCUGGCUCGUGCCGAGCGCAGUGGUCCAAUAGGUUUCAAUCGCCUUGCAGAGUGCUCAGAGGCUCACCAGCGUCGACUGAAUCCCGAGGAGUAUGAAGAGUAUUGUCAGAUCCUUCUGAUCGGCAUCAUUGAGUUGCCCAAGGUGCAAGAUCUUGUUUUCACUGCACAUGAAGAUCAUGCAAAUGCCACUGCCUCAAUUAGGCAUGCCGCUAUCGGCUAA